AAAAAAAAAAAAAGUCACCCCCCCAAUUUCAAACUUGACGAGUUGCUCGUCUACAAACAUGGCUACUGACACCACUGAUUAACCCUAUCAGACAAGCCCACGCAUAGUGCUUCAUGGGAGGUAAUUUAACUUAUCAGUCGUAAAAUUCGACAUUCAGCGUAAUAUUUUAGAUAAAAUCGUGCAGUAAUUAUUCUUAUCUCAUUUAUUUUAAUGACAUUCCAUCAGUUCACUCUUUUUUAACUCUUUGAGCCCAAAAUGCUUGACUCUGUUGGGUAAUAAUCCUGAUAAGGACGUUUUCAAGGUGAAGUUGCCCUGAACUGCAUUUUAGUGUCGUCUAAAUACUUUCUAUUGUCACGUCAUUUUUGAAGAUUAAAAAUAUCUAUAAAGCGGUAUUUUAACUCUUUGUUGUGAUUAAAUCAUAUGUUCAAUGCCGUAUUAAUUCGAAAAACAAUCAAAAUAAAUAAAAAGAAAAUACUGUUAAUUUCAUGCGCAGGCCCCUCUUGAAGAACCUCUAAAAAUUGACUUCAUCUCUUUGAAAGCGUUUAGUACUAUAUGCGCACGGUCUAAUAGUUUAGUUUAGUUUGUGUCUGCUCUUGGAACUUUUUCGGCACUAAAGUGGAGGACUGUUCAUCGACUGGAACUUAGAGUUAUUAAGAGAGAUCCGAGUAAGAAUUAGCUGUGGUGGUGUUAUCGAAGAACGGAACUGAUUCUCAAGUCGACCUCAAGCCAUGAAGUGAACUACCCCUAUUUUUGAAAUUACCAGCCUUGAAUUUCCUUCGUUUCUAAAGCGCGAAUGACACUUUAAAAGGAUGGUGGGAGGCGAGCUAAUGGUCGUUGUAGCAUGGGUGACGUCAUCACUGGUAGUACACUGCUUGGGGCAAAAAGAUGCUAGAUUUUGGAAUAAAAACAGGCCAGAUCGGGAUGAAUUCCCGUCCACGCCUGAGGAGAUAGAACUGCGAUUACUAGAAGACAAAAUAAUACCAGACGUGGUCCAUAAGGCUCCAAAAGACUAUUUAAAGGUAGAGUACAAAAGUAAAGCUAGAAUAAAUUUGGGACAAGUAGUUCGGUGUGGUGACACGACACCAGAUCCUCCGAUUAGCAUAACCUGGCCUGCAGCAGAAAGUGACUAUUACACUUUAUUGUUGACAG